CAUACACCUGCGUAGCCGGGUCGAACGACUUCCCCUCGCCAUCGUUUCUUUUUGCCUCAUCACCGUCAUCUUCGUACCUUCCUCCAUCCCUACCCCUGCUCGGUUCCUUUUCUCCGCGAGCACGCGUUGCUACGCAGCAUGCACGGAUGAUGACGGAGACAACGGCGGAAGCAGCAACAACAGCAGCGGCAAGCGCGCAAUCAGCACCGGCCACGAGAUUGCUGCCCGUAACCAUCGACGGCAAGCAUGCUCACCUCAUCCUAGAUCAUCACAUUCUCCACAUUCACAAGAGCGGCAGCCCGUCCGCUGGAAAUGAUGCAGCUUUCGAUCCCUUGCAGGCAUAUGUCGCCGUGCCGCAUGUGCUCGUACUCCGCUGCUCUCUCGUAGCUGACGCGGACGGAGCCUCGCUCCUGCUCAGCUUCCUCUCUCCCGCCCCUGGUAGCAAAAAGGUCCGAGAAUGGCUUCGGCACAGAUCAGCGAUGGAGUCAGCAUUGGCCACAACCCAUCCCCCCAGAGUCAAAUUCGAAGAGCUCAAGGCGCUUCUCGAAGGACCCUUUGCCAACCUGCGUCUGACCAAGGUGGAAGCACGCGUCGCACCCGAACACACUGACACUGCAAGAGAGUGGGUGCAACGUGCUUCUGACUUGGCCUACACAUCUCCCAUCACCGGCGCACCCAUCAAGCCCUACCGACGUCUCCGCGUGCUCAUCAACCCGUUCGGCGGACCGGGAAAAGCAAGGGUUCUGUACGAGACGCGCAUCCGGCCCAUCCUUGAAGCGGCUGGCUGCAAGCUCGACGUAACAAACACGACACAUCGCAACCACGGCCUCGAGAUUGUCCGCGACGAAGCGGAACUGCCGCGCAGCUGCGACGCCAUUGUCACCGUCAGUGGGGAUGGACUGCUGCAUGAGGUGCUCAAUGGCUUAGCUACUCGCCCGACCGAUGCGCAGCACGCGCUAGCAUCCCUGCCAGUUGUUCCGAUCCCGACGGGAAGCGGAAACGCGACCAGCGUCUGCCUCCUCGGUCCCCAGCAAGGCUUCAACCUCGCCCAGGCAAGUCUCAACGCGAUCAAGGGCCAGGUCAUGGCGUUGGACAUUUGCAGCGUCACCCAGCCGACCAGCGAAGGAUCAGCCGGCGUUCUUUCACAAACAAACGGCGCCGGCGGAUCUACACAAGGAUGUGGCAGCAAGCGGCGGAGCCGAGCGUUGCAAUCUGAAACGGCAGAACAGGAUGGCGGUGCGGACGCGCAGGCGCCAUCCUCCGUACCCUCUGCGUUCACUUCCUUUACACGCUACUAUUCCUUCCUCUCCCAAGCCAUCGGUCUCAUGGCAGACGUGGACAUCGGUACGGAUCACUUGCGCGCGCUCGGCGACACACGCUUCAUCCUCGGCUACCUCGGCGGCGUCGUCACCAACACGGAAGCGCUCGUGCACGUUGACGUCAAACUCGGCUCGAAAGGAACCAUCAGCCGUGAGGAGAUGCGCGUGCGUGCGGCGGAUAGGUGCGCGUUGUCUGCCGGUGGUGAUAACGAUGCGCAAAAUGUAGAUUAUGCAGUCUCAUCUCAAGCGUUACCAGGCCUGCAGCAUGGGGCUGUCACGGACGAUAUCGGCGGCGACAACUUGCCAAGUCUCGAUCUCCUAGACCCGUCUUGGACCAAGUCGAAGUCACUGCUGCUGAAAAAUAGCGGAAGCACCAAUGAGAAGAGCAGCCUAGCAGCGAGCGGAUCCGCCGAGACGAACGGCAGUAGCGCCACCGCCGCCGCCGCAGGAUGGGCGCGUGUGCGGCACCCGAUCUCAACGCUGUACGCAGGCAAGCUGCCAUAUGUCGCUCGCGACCUGAUGCAGUUCCCAUACGCUCUACCGGGCGAUGGGACGAUCGACAUUGCGCUGCUACUGCACGCCGGCGGCCGGGCAGGCAAGCUGCGCACGAUCGCCGGCGCUGAGACGGGAGCGGCGAUCUAUGACAAGGCCGUCAGCUACGUCAAAGCCGAGGCGUUCCGCGUGACGCCGCGCCUGCCUGCGGGCGACAAGCGCCUUAAGAAGGGUGGGCUGAUCUCCAUCGAUGGCGAGGCUGUGCCGUACCUGCCGUUCCAAGUCGAAAUCACGCCGGGCUUGCAACUCAAGGUCCUCAGCGUAUACGGCAAUUUCCUCGCUGCGCCACUCGAGCCGCCAGCCAAAAACGGCGGCAGCGGAGGCAGUAGCAGGGACAACGAGAACGAUAGUAAAUAGGGAUUUGGGCGAGUUGUGGGCCAGAUUAACGCAUCCCUCAGCCUGGCAGUCAGGCUGCCGGUGCUCCAUAAUCACCCACAGCUCGCCCUUCUUCUCGCACUCCUCAUCAUACCCAUCGCGCUCUUCCUCCACUUUUAAGUAGGCUGGAUUAUCUCAAAACACACAACAAGGAGGUUCAGUGUCUCGCAGAUUGUAGCUCAACGUGUGCGCGACACCUCCUGAUAAAGGCUGCGUGUAUGGCAGAGCAGAUGUCUCUGUAUUAUUCUUUUUGUGCGCGAGCAGAGUAAAUACAUGCCUUGCUGGCUCAAUUGCCAACAGGGUACAUGCAAGCUGGUCAC